CACGUGGUCUUAUAACUUAUUGCAAUGUAACAAUUGGCCAUGUAUUAAAACUGUUCGCGUUGAGUAUAUUAAACUGUUUGUGCUGAUUUUUGUAAAAACAGAUUACGCAUAUAUUUAAAUAUAUAUAUAUAUAUCUUAAGUAUCUGUAAUAUUAUUAUUUUAUAAUCUAAAUUUUUUUUUUUGUACCGACAUGGCUAAUAGUUCUUCGGAUCCAGACAGCGACGUAGCAAGCGAGGAUGAAUACGAUCAACUGUAUUCGGAUUCCGAUGCCGACGACGAUCUGCCCAAAUGGUACGAAAGCUUGCCGUCUUUCAGCACUGGCACGAAGUUGUCCGAACCGGAAGUACAAGCUCUGCGGUUCGAAGCGGAAAAAGUCUUGGAGCACCAACCGAAGCCCGAUCACAAAAAGUCAUGGAUCGCCGAGAUAGCCAAGCAAGGUACGUACUCCGAUAAAAUUGCCGCACUCACCAUAAAAAUACAAGAAGACCCGUUCCACAAUGUCGCCGCUUUACAGAAUCUAGUUAACAUGGUGAAAAUCGGCAAAAAGCAGCAGUGUACGCUCGUCAUCGAUUCCUUGACGGAACUUUUCACACGAGUGUUGUUGAAAACGGAACUGGUGACUUUUGAAAAUCAACCAUUGAGUGAGUUAUCCAAACUGGACGAUUUGAAACAACGGAAACAACUGCUUUGCGCUUGGUUGUUUGAAGAAAAGCUAAAACAUUUGUAUGCCGCUUUCAUCGAUGCUUUAAGCGCCGUAGGACUAGAUUCCGUACCGGUCAACCGAGAGAAAAGUAUAUCUGCAAUGUAUAAACUGUUGGUGAACAGCUCUGAAUGUGAAUUGCAGAUAGUCAGGUACCUUGUUAAUAAAUUUGGCGAUACCGUUCAUAAAGUCGCAUCAAAAGCCAUGUACACACUUCGACUGGUUGUCAAACACCGUCCAAACCUUAAUCUUCCCGUAUUUGAAGAGGUGAGAAAACUGCUGUUUCGGACUAACAUCAAACCAAGAGCCCAAUAUUACGGUAUUUGUUUUUUAACUCAAAUUGACACAAAAGAAAUGGCAAAAGAAGUAAUAGAAUUGUAUUUAUCGUUCUUUAGAGCGUGCGUUAAGACCGGAGCUAUCGAUUCACGUCUUAUCGGUGCUUUGUUAGUUGGUGUUAACAAAUCGUAUCCACAUGUAAAAAGCGGUAUACAAGUAGAACAAAUACAAACCAUGUACAAAAUCGUUCAUUUGGCGCCAUUUAAUAUAUCUCUACAAGCUUUGCUUCUAAUUAGGCAGUUAGAAAAUAACGACAGAUUCUACAGUGCGUUGUACAGAAAAAUAUUUGAUGAUCGGAUAAUUUCCACAUCGCAUCAAGCUAUUUGCAUACAUUUAAUUCACAAAUCGAUAUGGGACGACAAUUGCAAAGAGCGAAUGAUUGCGUUUAUGAAGCGUAUAUUCCAAAUGUGCUUGUAUUGUCCGGUUCCGUUUGUUUGUGGAAUAUUUUGUAUGACGUCGCGAUUGAUGAAAAAACAUCAAGGCAUCAUUGGAAAAUCAAAGUUUGAAGAAAUAAAAACUGAAGUUAUUCCAGAACCAGUUGUGUUGAACAAAGAAAUUAAAGAAGAAGAAGACGAAGAAGAAAAAUAUUUCGACGUACAAACAAACAUAGUAAAUUCAAAUCAAGAAUCGCAGUCGUCUUCUUGGUAUCACAAAAAAGCACCACAAGAAAAAAACGAAACCGAAAUUCCCAAAGUACCAAAGGUGAGGGAAACGUUGAAUUUUUAUGAUUAUACUGCCAGGAAUCCAAGGUAUGCAGGUGGUGAACACGCUAUUUUAUCUGAAUUAAUUACGCUAAACCGUCAUUAUCAUCCUACAGUUGCUACUUUUGCGUCUAGAGUUAUAGCCGGUAAAUCCAUUUACUACGAUGGCAAUCCUUUGGCCGACUUCACCAUCUUGCAUUUUCUAGAUCGUUUUUCUUUUAAAAACCCUAAAAAGCCAAGAGAAAGGGACGAUAAGGAAGAACUAUUCAGAUCGGUCGGCACAUCCAAAAAACAUUAUGUGCCUAAAGGUUUGAAAAGUAUGUCCGUAGUCAGUGAAGAAUAUUUGAGACACGAAGAGAAGCAAAUACCUUUAGACGAAGUGUUCUUGUACAAGUAUCUAAAGCAGAGGCCUAAAAAUGGCAAAAAAGAAGAAGAGGAUCGUGACGAAGACGGCUUUAGCGAUGUCGACAGUGUUAACAGUGAAGAUUUUAAUGAACUCUUGGAUAACAUGAUGGGUGGAAAAAAGAAAAAGAAGUACGAUUUCUCACGCGGUUUUGAGAAAAAAAAUAAAUCCAAAAAAAAGCAACAACCCGUUGAUGAUGAAUCUGAAAGCGACGACAACGAUGACGAUUUUGUAGCACCAAAAAAAUCAAAGAGCCUAGCCGACCUAGCUGUGCCGGCCGAGAAAUUUGCUGCCAUGUUAGACGCAGCCGGUAAAAAGAAAUCUGGAGGUAAAGACGAUAUUUUGGUUAGGGACAAUGCAUCGGCCAAACAGUUAGAGUGGGAAAAAAAGAAAUUCAGUGGGAAGAAACGUAAACGACUAGACGAUGGAAGGAAAAAUAGAAAACGCAAUCGUAAUUAAUAGCGGUUUUACUAUAUUGUAAUAAAAAAAAAAAUAAUAAAACAAAGAAAGACAAUAAUAUUUUGUUGUAUUGUUGGAUAUUAUUUUAUCAAUGUACAUUUUUUUUUUUUUUUU